AUGGAAACUCCGGCAGAAGAUCCGCCACCAAUUGUGCAUCUAUCCCGACAAGAAAUGGAUACUCCCAUGACCGGUCGAGAGGGCACGGUACAAUUGACACGACGGGAACUGCAACAGAUGAUGGAAGAGGCGGGGAGAAAAGCCCUGGUGGCCUACGAGCGAAGAACGGCAACUCCAUUAGAAAGAGAAGUGGCAGGAAAAAGGCUGUUUCAAGAAGGAGAAGAUGCCCGAGAUAAUGAAGGAAUGAGUCGACCGGGAGCAAAUCGGAAGGGUCCCUUGCCUUCAGAUGUAGGGUCCAGUAGCAGGGCUCCAAGUCGUCCUAGAGGACCAGCUAUAUCUCGAGCAGAGGUAGACAAUGUUAGUAAACAGAUAGCUUUGCUAGGGAAGCAAAUUGACGAACUUAAAAAGAGAGGAGAGAUAGUGGCACAUCAUCGGAAUUCACCUUUCGCCAAUCAGAUCCUCAUUGAAACUGUAAAUCCCGGUUUUAGGAUGCCGGACCUCCCAAAAUAUGAUGGAACACGGGAUCCACAAGAACAUAUAGCCGCUUUUGACAUGGUAAUGAAUUUAUACGGGCAGGCAAGUUCCAUAGUUGCUAAACUAUUCGUUACUACAUUGACAGGGAAAGCUCAAGAAUGGUUUACGAAUUUGCCGCCUGGUAGUAUAGAGUCAUAUGAGCAUUUGGUGCAGAAAUUCGCAUUCCAUUUUGCUUCCAAGAAAAAGCAGAAGAGAUCGGCCACGCAUUUAUUUACCAUCCGUCAAGGAGAGAAUGAAAGUCUGAAAAAUUUUAUGGGACGUUUUAAUAACAAAACGUUGGAGGUGCAGGAUCUCAGGAUAGACAUGAUGACUAGUAUCUUAAUCCAUGGAUUGAAGAAAGGAGUUUUUGCAUCGGCUUUAGCACGGGACCCGCCCGUAGAUACAGAGCAGUUGAUGGCAAUGGCACAAAAAUAUAUUGAUGAAGAGGAGAUGAAUGCAAUGAAGGAUGAGGAGUGGAGAGUUACAACAGAACGGGCAAGAGAUGGAAGAUUCGCUAGAGAUCGGGAUAUGCGACCAAAAAAGGAGAGGGAAAAGGAACCACCUUACCAGCCGAAAUAUAGCAGGUAUACUCCUUUAAAUAUGACCAGGGCCAAAGCUCUCAUGAUGGUAGAAAAAGAUAAGAUAUUGAUGUGGCCGAAGCAUACAAGGGUUACUCCAGCCAAAAGAAACUCGAACAAGUACUGUCGGUUUCAUCGAGAGAGAGGGCAUGAUACAGAGGAGUGCUAUCAACUGAAAGAUGAGAUAGAGCGAUUGGUGCGACAAGGGUAUUUUCGGAGGCAGAACCCCCAUAAUUUUGAAAGGAGACAUGAUCGCAGAGGCAGAUCGAGAAGUAGAGAUCACAGGCCAAAUUGGGCAGAAGAUCGAAGGAACCAGACGGUGGCGGAGAACGCGCCUGUGAAAGGCAUCAUCCAUACAAUUGCUGGAGGAUCAGAGGGAUGGUCGAGAAGAGCUAGAAGGAGAUUUGAGAGAGAGACUAGGUGGGAGCGACGUAAGCAAGGGGUACACACGACAAGCAACCCCGAGAUCGUGUUUGGAGAUCAAGAUGCUGGGACCAGGAUCGUGACAGAUAAUGAUCCAAUGGUGAUACGAAUGGACAUAGCAAAUUUUACAGUCCACAAGGUCUUGAUAGACAACGGGAGUUCAGCAGAUAUAAUAUUUAAGGAAGUGUUGAAUAAGAUGGGACUUGAUAAUAUAAGGCUGGAACCAGUAAACAUUCCCUUGGUAGGAUUCGGAGGAAGCGAGGUCGCAUCACUUGGGACAGUGGAGUUACCUGUAUCCUUGGGAGAAGAACCAAAACGCAAAACAUUGAUGGUAAAAUUUUUAGUUGUUGACAUGCCUUUUGCUUACAAUGUUAUCCUGGGGAGACCUGGGCUUAACUCUUUCAGGGCGGUGGUAUCAACGUAUCACCUCAAGAUGAAGUUCCCCACUGUAUCCGGAAUAGGGGAGGUCGUGUGCGAUCAGAUCGAAGCCAAAAGGUGUUAUAAUUUAUCUCUGGGAAAGAAUGAGAAAAAUGAAUGA